AUGGAUGAAUUCGGGCGAGGAAAGCAACGGGGCCACCGCCCAGUGAACACGGAUGUUUGCAAAGAAGGGCGGGAAGCUGAGGAGAACAUAUUGCUGGCGUCUUCUGUAUUCUCAGUGCCCACAGGUACAUGGCAGAAGCACUCGCUGUGCUGCGAGAAGGCGGCUCGCCAACUGCAGUCCGCGUCGGUCUUGCGCAACUUCUCUUCCGAGGCGUCGAGGACGAGACAGAAGAGCCCGUGUGGCGUACAGCUCGCAGGCCAUGACCGUGGACGCAGCUGGGUUUCCGAGGACGAAGCUACCUUGUUCCCUGGACAGAAGGAGCAUCAACGACGAGAGGGACGCCAAAAACAUGAUGUGCUGAGAUGCGGCGUGGUGGAAGCGCCGAAUGAGGCCAGCGUUGAGCGUGGCCACGACCAUGAUCGAAUCAGGCGUCGUGCUGAGCGUCAGAGAGGCCCAAUUGUCCGCCGGUGCAUCGAUAGGUCUUGUUUCGACAGGGCAAGCAAUGCUGCUUUUGGUUGA